AUGUUGUGGAAUGAUGUUCUGUUGUACGCGUCCAAAAGCAAUUACAAACACACAAAUACUCAUGACUAUAGGUACAUGCUUUGUGAUUUCUCUCUAUCACAGCUUGUAAGAGCAACGGGUUUCAAUGUGCUGUCACGACAGAGCAACGAUGUGAACAGUUUUAUCGCCAGGCAAAGCCCAAUUGCUUUGCAGGGAAUUCUCAACAACAUAGGUGCGAAUGGGUCAUUGGUCGAGGGAGCCUCUUCUGGGAUUGUCGUCGCAUCCCCAAGUACGCAGGAUCCAAACUACUUCUAUACUUGGACACGAGAUUCCGCUCUGACCAUCAAAUUCCUCAUUGAUUCCUACAUCCAGGGCAACCAAGGUCUUGGCUCUCUCAUACAGGAGUACAUUUUGGCUCAGGGCAGGCUUCAAACUGUGGAUAAUCUUUCAGGCACAUUCGCAUCCGGCCAGGGUCUUGGGGAGCCCAAAUAUUACACCAAUGAAACUGCUUUCGAAGGAGAAUGGGGCCGGCCGCAGCGAGACGGCCCAGCUCUACGCGCAAUUGCUCUGAUUGCAUAUUCCAAAGCCAUCGUGGCUGCUAGCAGUGACAACAAUGCAACCGUGCAUGAUGUGAUCUGGCCUAUUGUGUCUAACGACCUCAGCUACGUUGCUCAGUACUGGAAUCAGACAGGGUUCGAUCUGUGGGAGGAAGUGAAUGGCUCAUCCUUCUUCACAACCGCUGUACAAUACCGAGCCCUUGUUGAGGGUGCUAACUUCGCCCAAUCGGUAGGCGAGACUUGUGAUGGCUGUGACUCGCAAGCGCCCAAUACUCUUUGCUUCCUCCAGAACUAUUGGAACGGCACAUCUAUCGUCAGUAACAUCAAUUUACAAGGAGAUUAUCAACGCAGUGGCCUGGAUUGUAACUCUAUUUUGACUUCCAUCCACAUGUACGACCCUGAAGGAGGCUGCACAGACUCGACCUUCCAGCCAUGCUCUUCUCGAGCGUUGGCGAAUCAUAAAGCGGUUGUCGACUCCUUCCGUAACGUAUAUACCAUCAACUCGAACUUGGGACCUGGUGAAGCAGCCGCUGUUGGCCGAUAUACAGAGGACAGGUAUUAUGAGGGUAACCCAUGGUAUCUUUGCACAUUAGCGGCGGCAGAACAGCUCUACUCGGCAAUCCAUCAGUGGAACGCCACCGGCAGCAUCACUGUAGACAACCUGAAUGCAGGAUUUUUCAGUGACCUCGGCACAAACACAACGAAUGGCAAUUACGCUUCGAACUCUCCUGAAUUUGCAACUCUCACAACAGCUGUUCGAGAUUAUGCUGAUGGUUUCGUCGCUGUCGUGCAGGAAUAUACACCUGAAAAUGGGUCGUUAGCAGAACAGUUCUCUCGUGAGAACGGCACAGCGGUGUCUGCUCGAGACCUGACGUGGUCAUACGCGAGCUUCUUGACCAUGGAGUUUGCGCGCAAUAGCACGCUGCCGCAAUCCUGGGGUGAGGCUGCUGCAAAUACUGUGCCCAACUCCUGUCAGGCGUCUAGCUCGAAUGGAACCUACAUAGAGCCGACGGCAACAAGUUUUCCCAACGUUGCUGGCAUUGUGACUCCAAAUGGAUCUGCUUCAGGGUCUGGGAUGGCUGGGUCGACCAGCUCGGCUGCUGCCAACAGAGCCACACCCUUCUUGAGAUGGUAG